AAUCCUGGGAAUUAAUUGAUUCCCUAGAAUAAAAGGAUCUACAAUAUCAAAAAGAUAAUCUACCUUAAAUACAAUUCUAAUCAAGGCAAGAGAUAAUUCUACAAUUCUACAAUUAAUUACAAUUACUAUGCGCCUAAAAUAGAUGAUUCUUGAGAAUAAUCUAUUUUAGGUUAUUGGACAGAAUCAUCUAUUUUAGGCGCAUAGUAAUUGUAAUUAAUUGUAGAAUUGUAGAAUUAUCUCUUGCCUUGAUUAGAAUUGUAUUUAAGGUAGAUUAUCUUUUUGAUAUUGUAGAUCCUUUUAUUCUAGGGAAUCAAUUAAUUCCCAGGAUUUCCAGGAUUCUCUCUGUACCUAUUUAAGUUCGGUAAAUGAGAAGAAAAUUAAUUCCGCCUAUUUUCUUCUUUUAUGGUAUCAGAGCCGUAUCGCCAACUUCCAUGGCAGGCCUGAACUCGAGCGAUAUCAGCACCAGCUCAACUGGUGACUCCGCCCGAACCAAACCCUGUAUCGCUUUUGAUUCUAUGCAGAAUCUGGCGAUUACCACCAUCAAACUAAAUGGAAGUAAUUUCCUCCCGUGGUCACAGUCAGUCAAGCUUUUCGUCCAAGGAAAAGGCAAAUUUGGCUACCUCUCAGGAACAACAGUUCAGCCACGCCCCAAAGAUGAUGGAUAUGAACGAUGGGAGGCCGAGAAUUCCAUGAUUAUGUCAUGGUUGGUGAACUCGAUGGAACCAGAAAUUGGGAUGCCCUAAAGGAAAACUACUCAGAUUUGGGGAAUGCUGGGCAAUUAUUUGAGAUCAAGACACAAUUGGGAAAGGCGAAACAAGGGGAGAAGAGUGUAACUCAGUACUACACUGAUAUCAUGACUCUUUGGCAAGAGUAUGAUCUAUUUUGUGAUUAUAAAUGGCACUGCCCGAAAGAUGCUGCCCUCUAUCGGAAAAUUGUUGAAAAAGAAAGAGUUUUCGACGUCCUUGCUGGUCUGAACAAAGAACUUGAUGAAGUUCGAGGGAGACUCCUUGGCCGAGACCCACUGCCAAGUGCACAAGAGGUGUUUGUUGAGGUUCGUCGCGAAGAGAGUCGUCGACAUGUGAUGCUCAGAGAUGAAUCCACCUCUUUACCCAUUGAAACAUCUGCACUGAUGAUCUCAAAACCAAAUUUCAAGUCUCCACAUCCUUUGCAGCAGUCUAAUAAGAAUCAAGAACGGCCAGUGUGUGAUUUUUGUAACAAAAUCGGGCACAUCAAGGCAAAGUGCUGGAAGAUUCACGGCAAGCCAGCUGAGUUCACCCCUUCCAACCGAGUUUCACGCAAUACCAAAGGAGGCUUCCUCGCUGCAUCUGGAGAUCAAGCAAACACAUCAAACGACACCUUCUCCUUCACCAAGGAUAGCCUAGAACAAUUGUUUUAGUCCUGGAAUACUCAUCGGUCUGCUAAUACCAACAUCAAUACUCCAUAUACAUCAGUUUCAAAUACCCCAACCUCAAAUAUCUCAGCCCAUCCUUCAUCAUCUCUGGCGCAAAAAGGUAUCUUAGCAGCUGCCCUUAGUGUAAGUUUAGAAAAAUCCAACCCUUGGAUCAUUGAUUCAGGGGCUACUGAUCACAUGACUGGGUCUUCCUACAUGUUUUCUAAUUACUUUCCUUGUUCGGGUAAUCAAAAGGUAAAAACCGCAGAUGGUUCCCUAUCCGCAAUUGCUGGAAAAAGUUCUAUCAUUAUAUCUCCGUUUAUUACCUUAAACAAUGUCCUACAUCUGUCCAACAAAAACCUUUUCUCAAAUAUUGAAUGAUAAUGGAGAUGGUUACUUCUUAUAUUGUGAAAGGAAGACCAUAGAAAUGGAGAAUGAGGGAGGACUGGAAACCAUUUGGGAGAAGAUUUUUGAAGAAUUUCUAGAAAUUUCAAAAUCUAGAGAUGGUUUACCUCCUAGAAGAGACUAUGAUCACUCAAUAAAUAUUCAGGAGGGGGCUAAAAUACCUAAUAUCAGACAUUCAGACCUUACAGGUACCCUCAGUACCAGAAGACUGAGAUUGAGAAGAUUGUGAAGGAGAUGUUGGAUUCUGGGAUCAUCCAGAAUAGCAAUAGCCCAUACAGCACUCCCAUACUCCUAGCCAAGAAGAAAGAUGGUGGCUGGAGGUUCUGUGGAGAUUACAGAGCCUUAAACAAAAUCACAACUCCUGAUAAAUAUCCAAUUCCAGUCACUGAAGAGUUACUUGAUGAGCUUGGGGAGGCAACUAUAUUUUCUAAACUGGAUCUCAAAUCUGGCUACCACCAAAUACGGAUGAAAGAAGAAGAUAGGAAGAAGGCAACUUUCAGGACACAUGAGGGCCAUUAUGAGUAUUUGGUGAUGCCUUUUGGCUUAACUAAUGCUCCCUCUACCUUCCAAGCUUUGAUGAACCAAGUACUAAGGCCUUAUUUGAGGAAGUGUGCCUUAGUAUUUUUUGAUGAUAUCGUGGUAUAUAGUAGAACUAAGGAGGAUCACAUAGAGCAUUUAAGAGCAGUCCUCUCUGCUUUGAGGGAUAAUCAGUUGGUGAUUAACCUAAAGAAAUGCCCUUUUGGACAACCUCAACUGGUCUACUUAGGGCAUAUUAUUUUUGGAGAAGGAAUAACAGCUGAUCCUACCAAGAUUGAAGCCAUGGUUACUAGGCCAGCACCUCAGAAUUUGAAAGAGUUAAGAGGGUUUCUGGGGUUAACUGGCUAUUACAGAAGACUUGUAAGGGGGUAUAGCAAGAUUGCAACACCCCUUACACAACUCCUAAAGAAAGACAGUUUUCAAUGGGGAGAACAAGCUACACUAGCUUUUGAGGAGUUGAAAAAAACCAUGUGAUAGGGACCCGAGCUGAUUAGAGUUAAUAAUAGUAAUAGAAUAAUGUCAAAUAAAUUGUUAGUGGAAAAGUGAGGGUUUGGGCCUUGUACUCAGAAGCUUGGGCCGGCUCUUAAGGAUAGAAAUAUUAUAAAAAGGGGGAAGGAGGGCAGGAGAGGAGGCAGGCAGAAAUUGGAAUUAGGUUUGGGACUUGGGAGAGGGGACUGCUCGAAGUGUCUCGUUCUGAUUUCUUCUCUUUCUUUCUGUUAUUUCCGGUUCAGUUGUAAUCGAC